GUAUGUUUCGCUGCGUAUAACUCAGUACGUAGUCUAAUGUGAGUUGGAACGAUCGUGUAACGCAUCCGAUAUUGUUUAUAGCAAGUGAAAACGGAGCUUAAAUCUAAUAAAGUUAGGACCAAAAUGUGCUUAUCUUUAUAGUAGUGGUGUUUUGUAUAAUUUGAAGGUGACAUCUUAAAGGAUAAAGAUGGCGAGACUGACUGUCGUCUUAAUUGGAGUAUGCGCAAUUAAUUUUAUCAAUGGCGCACCAAACGAACAUGUCAAAGGUUUGCACAAAUCAGGACAUCAUGAACCAAAACUAAACGAUGAGAGUUACUCGGUAGUCGACAACGACGACAUUGUCGACGGCAAAAAAGGGACACAGAGACAAAAGAGAUGGUACAAUAACUUCCCUUACACCCCAUCCUACGUUAGACCUUAUGACACCGGCUCCGAGAUAGAGGACAAUUUGUCAUAUAUACGGUUACGAUUACAAGAAAUACUGGACAUGGCAAAGUCACCGCCCUCACCACCGCCGCAGCCUGUCUUCUACCCUGUGUACGUGCCAAUAUACAUCCCGCAACCGCAGUGUGGCUGCAAUCCCACUACUAACGAGGAACCAACGACAAAAGCGCCUACAAUAACACCUACCACGACCAAACCAAACGAAACCGUCCCAAACCUGAACGAAAGACUGCCAGAAAUGGAAGACGAUCGUCAAAAUUGGGGAAUUUUAGUUAACAAUACUCUAUCCGAUUAUGAUAAUGACGAUGAUGGAAGCAGACCUAUUUCACUAACGCCUAUAAUAACUGGCGAUGACGGCGACAUACCCGCUCCUCCCGUGGAACACGGGAGCAAACAGGCCGAUAUAAACGAUGUUGAAACACAAAGGAUUACUACAACUGCUAGUCCUGUUAUAUUCAAAGAACCUUCAGCACCGAAUGCUUGUGACAGUGCAAUAAUGAGCUGCUGCUUCGGACUGGACCGAUCGUACAAAUGCGUGCAAUCACGAGGUUGCCGAGACCGGUCUAUAGGUCCAAACCCUUGCAAUCGACAAACAGUACUUAGUGUUCUAUCGCGAGUUCAAAGUUACUACGGUUGAAUAUUUAACUUGUAGUUAUUGAUAGUCGUUUGUUUAUUUUAUGUAUAAAAAAUUAAAUUAAUAUAAAAAGGGACAGAAAAUCAUUGCGUGCAGGUCCAUAAGGUUUCUGCAUUAUUUUUGUCACGUUAAUCAUGUAAAGUUUGAAUAAAAUUUGUAUUUGUGUCAAAGUU